CACACUCGCUCAUUGCAAUUGUAAUCUUAAUCUUGGCAGGGAAGGAAACGGAACCAAUAGUACGAAAACGUGAAAGCGAACCCAUUGACCAUUUCCCAUCCACCAGCCACAGCCAGAGCUCUGAAUGCUUCUACUUAGCUCCUGUGAUUUAGUUCUAUGAGAAUUGAAUCUAACUUGGGCUUGUUUUAGUUUCCUGAUUUGAGUGAAGUUUGUACGGGACUACUGUGAAGGAGAACUGAGGUUUUUGUUGUUAUCCCUUGGUAUUGGUUCUGUUCCUUAGUGUAUUCAUCACUCCGACCUUUUUGAGUGUGGGGAGUCGGCAAAUAUGAUGCUGCAAUAUGGAGACCUGGCUAAGCUUAAAACGAAGAAGAUUGUGUUUGAGGAUGUAAUUGCUGUGCGUGAUUCUGUAUCUCUGGAGCAUCUGAAAGAGUUAAGUUCCAAGCGUAGGGUAAUUGAGGACUCCAUUAAUCAAACAAGCUUCAUCACAGAAGCUAUUGCAAGAGAAAUGUCUGGUGGAUCCACUUCUCGUUGGGAGCAGGAACGUCUCAGACUGGAACAUUACCUGCCAUUGUUGGAAAAUUUCAUUUCUCAUGCUGAUACUGUCAGCAUCAAUAGUCAGAUAGCCUGGUGGAUUUCACAACUCAAGAUACAAUGGAGCAGUGUUCUUAGUUCAUCAUCUUUCUUUAACCUUACAGGUCCAAAGUUUUUUCAAGUUGAUAAUUUGCGGUUUGAGCUUGUUAUGACCCUUUUCCUUUAUGGAGCAAUACUCAGGGAGAGGGCUUUGGAGUUUCUGCCAGCAGACUUAAAGCAAUCAGCCUUCAUCUUCAGAGAAGCCGCUGGAGUCUUUCAUUAUUUAGCUCAUGAGGUUCUUCCCUCUUUACAUCCUGCAAUAUCUGCAGAAAGGCCGCCAGAAGCUACCAUAUCAGUGAAUUCUGCUAUGAGUCUUAUUUGUUUGGCUGAGGCCCAGGCUGUAUACAUAAGAAAGGCUGAAGAAACAGGAAAUACAGGGUUUGGUGUUUUGGCAAAGCUGCACCAUGGUGUUGCAGAACUGCUCAGUGAAGCAAUUGGUGCUUUAAAUUCUGGGAUUGGAGAGUACAAGGCUAUUGCAUCACGCUUUUUGGAAUUUAUGUCAUCUUGCAAAGCUCUACAUGAUUUACGAAGUCAGACAUACUUCGCUAAAGGUUUAAAGAAUGAUGGCCAAGUUGGAGUUGCCAUUGGAGUUCUUUGUAAUGCAUUAAUCAGUGUGAAAAGGAAAUUGCCAGGGGAGGAUUCAUGGAAAACUGUCUUUACAAAAGAAAUUGAAAAUUCGGAAGAUACCCUCAGGAAGUUUGAAUAUGAGAAUGAGUUUGUUUGGCAUGAAAAGAUUCCUUCUGGGGAUGAGUUGCCAUUACCCCAAGGCAACAAAAUUGUGAAGAUAGAACCUUAUCAGCCCAAAAAAUGGGAGAGAGAACUUGUUUUUAAGAUUUAGUUGAAUGUGUUAGAGACCUGUUGUAUAUAAUUGAUUUUUGAGGAAGCAAGGGCAAUCAAGCUUCUUGUUUUCUUCACCCUUUUAGCGUGCAGAAGGUGAGGACAUUUUUUUUUUCCUUUUUCUUUUUUCUGGUGACUGGCCAAAGGAUGAAGGCUGCUUGCUAGGCUGGUUGAGCCGCAUGGAUAAAGGUGUUGUGUAAUGAAUAUAAGUAUAUAACGUUGCCUUUGACCGUGAUGGUACUCGCAUUUCAUAGAGUAGAACUAUGUUUCAAUAAUCUAUUUUUUUGUUUGCAUUUCAUAA